AUGUCGUGGUACAUCCUCACGUACCCUCUCGUGGCUGCGUUGUACUGCACCUUGCCAGACGUGAGGCACGAGAAGCAUGCGAACAGCAAGAAUCGCACUCGGAUCGCCAUUGUGGAGUUCCUGAUCUCGCUGAUCUGGAUCGGGAUCUUCUCGAACGCCCUCUACGAGUGCACGGUCAUUGUCGCGAACUGGAUUGGCAUCAAGCCAGAGGAUGCGGGCGUCACGGUGCUUGCCGCUGGCACCUCCAUCCCGGACCUCAUCUCCAGUUACAUCGUCGCCAAAAACGGCGAGGGCGACAUGGCCGUGAGCAGCUCGAUAGGCUCGAACAUCUUCGACGUGACCGUUGGCUUGCCGCUCCCGUGGAUCAUGUACUCCGCGAUCAAGGGGGUAUCAGGAUGCCCGUCUCGUCGGACAACUUGUUCUCCUCCGUCCUCGUGCUGA